GAGUACUUGCAUUCUCAGUGCUUUGAUAUCCCUCAGAACUGGUUCGACAAUCAUUUAUACUACAACAUUUGUCUUACGAGCCUUGAAAACUCCUAACAUCAGUAUUAGAAUUUUAGUAUAUUGGUAUUACUGAUAUUUUUAAUUUAUAGAACUACAAAACACAUCGGUUUCUCGGUUCGGUCCGAUUUAAAACCGAACCAUUCGGAUUGGGGAAAUCUUCAUGUACUGUUUAUUAAUUUUUUUUUCGUGUACUGUUUAUUAAAAAAAUUCUUUUUUUUUUCAGAAACCAGUUUUGAAUGGGGUUUCAUAGAAUAUAUGAACCGCCUGUCUUUAUGCCUUUCGCUAGUUCUCCUCUUGUGUUCAAAGUGGGACGUGGAAAAUGAGUUCAUCAAUGAGGGUUUUAUCAGAACAAUUGAUGAGUGCUGAAGAAUUUAAAAAUGUUAUCAUUCAAGACGAAUAAUCGAAAAUCAUGUUUGAGACUCAUAAUAGUGUGUGAUGCACGAUCAAGAACAUGCUCGCCAUACAAAGGACAUAAGGAAAACUUGUAGCAAGGCCCAUUAUAGAAUGCUUAUUUAUACACACGUUUAUUGGGCUUAAAUAAUCAUCAAUGUGUAGUUAUUUAUCCAACGAUACUAGGUGGCAAUUAAAGCUAAAGGCCUAAAUAAAGUUAACCCAAAACAUUGAAAACCGGAAACCCUAGUAAAUUAAAGAAAAACAGACUAUAUAUUUGUAGUUGUCUCAAAUCUCAAGCCGUAGCAGAGAUCCACUCAUCGUUAUUUUGAUAGAUAUUCGAUUUUUGAGUUCUUGAUUUAUAUCUCAGUCCCUGUGUUCUUCUUUGUUUGCUCAUAUGCUUUGGAUAGUUUUUAAUUGUUAGUUUAAAAAAAAUAGAGAUUGAAAGGCCUUCAUAAUCCCAGCUAAGUUGAUGAGGUACUUAUCUGAUUCAUGGGAGGCCUAAACCAAUGUUGCAAGUUUCGCUGAUAAUACCUUCUUCUUUUUAAUCCCAGAAGGUGUUUUAUUAGUAACUUCGCUUACAUUUCAUUCUACCUUCAAUCUCAAUUUUAAGAUUCAACUGUAUGAAACUCUUUUACCCAGUUCUAACUACACCAGAUUUCGCUUUGUUAUUGAUUUGAUUUUACUAGUUACAUUUCGUUUUAUUUUGGUGAUGUCACUGAUCGUAUUAUUAUCUUUUUACAUGUUAAUAUAAUGUAACAAGCCUCAGAGAAAACUACAUUCUAAAAUAACGACAGGUAUCUUAUUGUCUUUGUUGUAGUUAUGUUUAUGGUUGCACAUAACUUUAUUUGAAUCAUAUUAAACUAUCUAAAACACUUACAAAGAUAAAUGAUGUUGCCUUAUUCCUUUGAUUGUAACAUAGCUUUUUAAUUGUUUUUUUUUAAAGCGGGCAUGUAUCAAUUUUAAUGAGCUUACAUGAUUUUAUUAUAACAUGGUCACAGAUUUAAAGAAACUACAUAUGACAACAAAAGCAAACCAUACUACGUAUUAGUUACUUUUUUUUGUGCGAACCGUACUUGAAUUAUAACUUGAAAUAGAGUAUUACUCAUCCAUCAAAGGAGUUACUAACAUUGCAUAUUUUACGAUUAAAGAUAAACCAAGACCCCUUACAAAGUUACAUGGUACUAUUAAACGAUUACAAAAAUAAGCUAGAUUGUAGAGAAAACACAGAAACUCUUAAUUGGAACUAAUACGUUUUGUUUUGUGGACGCGCAAAACUAAUCAGUUGAGCAUGUAUGUACUAUAUGGAAUUAAGGAAUAAUGAAUACUUCUCACCAUUGACUCCAAAAAAAAACGAAUACUUCUCACCCAAAAGUACGGUUUGAUAUCUUCGAGAAUUGGCAUGAGUCAAUGGGCUUGGAUAAAUAUUAAUGGACUAGUAAUAUAAUGAUAGGUCCCCAAGUAACGGCCUAAACGGCUAAAACGAAAAACACGAAACAAAAUGAACUUCCGGAAAACAUUACAAGUUUAUAACUAUUAGAAGUAGAAUUUUCAAUUUUGUAAUAGACUUGAGCUUGAUAUUUUGCUUGUAACCUUUAUGGCUUUAAAGCCCAUAAAUGAAAAGGUUGACAAAAAGAGAAGAAGUAGAAUUAAAUUAGCAUUUACAUAAGGUCUUGAUUGGUAAAGCAAUAGCAUUAGUAUUAUGUUUUACAUUAUCCAAUCAAUAAUUAUUAAAAAAAACAUUUAGAGAAGCAUUUACUAAAUGCUAAUGCUCUCUGUCUAAUGCUCUCAUACGAAGUUUUUAUAAGAGCAUUUGCAUUUAUAAUUUAUAAAAUUAAGGAAAAUAUAUAAUUAAUUCAUUUAUUUUAUUUAAUAAUAUUAUAAAAUUAUUUUUAUAUCUAGAAAAUAAAAUUUUGAUUUCUAAAAUUAAUUUACAAUAAAUAUAUUUUUUUAAAUAAUAUUUCACAUUUAAAAUAUAAUUUAAUUUAUAUAAUUUAAUUUAUUUUAAAUGUGAAAAAAAAAUAUUUUAAAAAUAAAUAUUUUAAUAUUUUUCGAUAUAAACAUAAAUUUUAAAUGAUUAAAUAAAAUAAAUCAAUUAUAUCAUUUUAAUUUAUAUGUUAAUAUAAUUAUAUAUAUAUUAGAAAUAUAUUCAUUAAAAAUAAAUAUAUUACAUAUUAUAUACUAAUUAUUAUAAUAAUUUUAAAUAGCAUACUCAUACUGGUCUACCAAUCAUCUAAUUACAAAGUUUAGCAAAAGCAUAUAGCUCCUCUAGCAUAUAGCUCCUCGAGCAUACUGCUUCUAUAGCAUACUGCUACUACUAAUGCUAAUGUUCUACCAAUCAAGGUCUUAGCAAAAAAAAAACUAUUAGAAGUAGAAAGCAGUAGUACCAGCUCCGCGCUCUCUCUUAUCUCUCUCGUAUAUUUUAGAGAGAGAGCGUUGACGCUUUGUUCAUCGGAUUUUUCCGAUUAAAGUUCCCGAUGGUUGGGCUUAUGAUUCUGGGAAGCGGUGGAUCGUUUAUCACCGUCUUCGCCGGCUUAUGGUCUCCGAAAGGGAUUGCUCCCAUAGCAUCAUCCUUCGUCGGCUUCUCACCGGUUUUUCGGUUGGUCUCGAUCUGCGUUUUUGUUCUUCUUUAGUCUGAUCGACUCUUGAUCUGAAGCUUCGAUGUCUCUUUCCUCUCCUUGUUUAGGGUCGUAGCCAUCUUCAAGCUUAUCUGAAUCAUUAAAGAUGGAGUUUGCUCAUGCAGGAAAAUUGGUGCUCGGAUCGAUUGAAGACGAUUGAUGAUUUUUUUUUUAAAAAGCAUAUAUCUGUUACUUUAGAUUUUGACUUGAACUUCCGUGAAGGUCGCUUUGGUCGGCCUUUCACCGGUUUGGCUUCGUCGUUGACGGAGCGCCGUCGCGCCUUUUCGCUGGCACCGGAGGAAGAUGUUGGAUCCGCGUCUUGACUCGUGUCCUUAGAGCGCAAGACGUUCGUACACGUGGUGGUGUCGUGACUCCUUUUUCUCAAUGGGCCGUAAAUUACUGGUUUAAUGGGCCUAUGUUUUGGGUCGUUUAGUUUUCUGUUGUUUGUAUAUUGGGCUUUCUGUUAGGUCUUUUCGUUUAGGUGUACCUUUGUUUAGGCCUUUUGUAUCAUAUUGUGUUGGGCUUUGGUCUUUGGCCUCUGUCCCAUUAAUAAAUUUACCGGUGAAAAAAAAAAGCAGUAGUACCUAAAAUUAUCAACUUCUUCAUCCGUAACAAUACUUUCCUUAUCUCUUAAUUCAAAGGAAAAUUUCCAAUUAUUAUAUAUAAAACCGUAUAGAUAACUACAUAUAAGAUGGAAGUAUAUAAGCUAACAAUUAAUAAGAAUAUAUUUACUUACCAAUAGUCAACUUUUACCGCGUGAUCCAUAUAUAUUACCCACUUUUUUCCCACGCUCAUAAAACUCUAUCUCAACCUUCUUUAAUUCAAUCGUUAUCUCCCCCUCCUUACUUGGGGCUCAAAAGAGCUCAUAUAAUUUUGUUAAUGUCAGUUUCAUCAAACAUACUCAAAGAGAAUUCUCGCGACUUGUUGCGAGAAGAGGAACCUGGUGAUGAUGAAGUCGAAUUUCCCAUUAACGAUGAGGACGAAGAUUUUUCGAUAACGAGUAUUAGGAUUGUUUUGGUAGACUCAGAUCCUGAAUCCUUAUGCCUCAUGAAGAACCUCAUGACACAGUACUCUUACCAAGUAAGGGAUUUUAAAAACGGAGCUGAAGCUAUUGCUUUCUUGAUGAUGAGCAAGCAUGAGAUCGAUUUAGUGAUUUGGGAUUUUCACGUGCCCGAGAUUAAUGGACUGGAAGCUCUCAAAACCAUUGGUAAAGAGAUGGAUUUGCCCGUAGUAAUAAUGUCUCAUGAACACAAGAAGAAAACUGUGAUGGAAUCGACAAAACGAGGCUCAUGUAACUUUCUCCUGAAGCCAGUGAGCAAAGAAAUCAUUGCAGUUCUAUGGCAACAUGUUUACCGCAAGAGAGUAUCUAUAUAUUCCGUUGAAUCAAAUCCAGAAGAAAAUGUCGGUUUAGAUCAAGAUGAUAUUGAUCUCUAUCAGACCAACUCCAAUAGCGGAGAACAAACCAGUUCCUAUCAAAAAGAAGGCAAGAACAAGAAACCGCGGAUGACUUGGACACCUGAACUUCACCAACUGUUUGAAAAAGCGGUCGAGAAAAUGGGCGGUGUUGAACGUAAUCAUUCACACGAAUCUCUUGUGAAUAUUCAGUUUUUUUUUUCAUGUUAUUCAUUUAUUAUCUUAUUUUUCAUUUUGACUAUGUUAAAUGCAGAGGCCGUUCCAAAGCAGAUUCUCAAAUGUAUGCAAGAAGAAAAGGAUGCGGAAGGACUCACUAGAAACAAUGUAGCCAGUCAUCUUCAGAAGUACCGUCUAAAUUCAGGGAAAAAGUCAUCCAUGAUCCAGGAAACUCGAGAAGAUUCUGAGUGGCGUAAUGCUGGACCAAACACCGCUCUCACGGCUUCUAAACCGCUACCAAACUCCAUCUUCGGUCUCCAUACUAGAGUACCGUAUUUUGCGAACGAUCAAGACGCAAGAAACGGCCCCAUGCAGUAUCCUUCAACCAAUUACUUCACAAUGGACAAUGGCCAUUUCAUGACCAACUCUUUUGCUAAUCUACCUUAUACUGACUCGUUUCAUCAGCAACAACAACAACAAUUUCAACAUCAGCAGUACUCCAAUUCUUCUCUUCAGUUACCUUCCGUGAUAACCAAACAAGAGUUUCCAUACGUGUCAGCAGCCCUGGAAAAUCCCGAUCUCAUAGCUAAUGAAAAUUCACUCUACAUGGACUUGGGAGACUAUUUGCAAGAAGGACUUAGCGAUUUCGAUAAGACUAAUCGUUAUUGACUCGUCGAAGGGAGGUGAUAUAUGAAUUCGUCUCUUUGUCGUAGCUCUUCUCUCUUCCCCCUGAUUUUUCUUUUCAUGUUCUUAUUAAGGUUUUUUGAACCACACAAUCGCUCAUCGGAUACCUUCGUUCGAUUUGCAUUUGGCGUGGUAGUAUUUCUGUUAUUUUGGUGGAACUAUAUAGUUUUAGUUGUGAGUGAUCUAUAAUCACUUGCGUAGAUAUAGUUGAUUUAAUUUAAAUGGCAAAAACUGAUCGUACUCAUACGGUUUCCUAUGUACUUUUAGUUUGCACUUUAGAAUUUCAUUAUACACUAUUUUCUUUUUUUAAGGUGUAAAUAUAAAUUUUUCUACCAAAUUUUAAGUUUUUGACAGAUCGUACAAAGAAAAUUAGUAGCAGAAAACAAAAACAAAAAUCUAAACAAUACCAAAAUACAAAAGAAAAAGCGCAACCACAACACCACUAAAAAGAGACAAUAGUCAUAAGCCUUGUCCAUGCAUGCUUUCGUUUUUCGUCACCAACUUCUUUUAUUCAGCCAGCUAUCAAAUGCUGAAGCUUGAAAGUUUAACAGAGCUUUUCAUUCGUGCAUGCUCUUUUGUUAUUUGUAAUCUUUCGAGAAUGAAAUUUCUGAGAUAUAUUGAGCUAAUCUAUUUUUGUAGUCAUGCUUGAAUAAGGACAUUACGAGACUGUUAACUUGUUGUGAUUACGAAUAAAUACGUAGGCCCGAUGGUGGGAGGUGAUGUUUCUUGGGAUUUAAUUAGCAUUUUUUCACGAUUAAGCCUUUUUGUUUUGUUUUAGCAAAUUACUAAAAUAAUAAAAGAACUCUCAUCAUUAACUAAACAAUCAACAAACACGAUACCUUUGAUAAUCACAUUCUCUAGGCAGGCAGUAAGCCAUUCUGGAUUACUAAACAGUUGCGGGUUACUAGAAGACUUAACUAGUAAUUAGUGGAUACAGACAAGCAUGGAGGCUGCAGUGUUAAUCUGGAUUAUCUACUAUAUUUAUACACUACAAUGGCGCUUCAUUUCUUCUGUAAAGAUUUUCCCAACUUUCGGAAUAUGAAGAUAGAUAACUUUAUUUUUAGAUUAAAAUAAGAUAUUGAGAGGAGUGGAGGUAGUCAACCAAAACAAAACUAAUGGCAUAUUGUUACAAACGAGAGACAGCGCGGAGAGUGACACGGAGCACAUGGAACCAGCUGAUUCCAGGAGAAGGCUACAGCAACUUGGCCACGUGGGAGAACACUUGUAUAGGACCCAUUGACAAGAACUCAAACAAAAAUAACCAGUGUAUGAUUGAAGUCAUUAAAGUCUUAUGUUACGUUAUAAGAAAAAAGCAAGUUUACGUAUCACUUACGCAAAUAAACGAGAAGAAUAUAUAAAAAUUCGUUGUUACCUCUGUAAUAUUCAGGAACUUGCCACUUUGCAAUAUCGAAAUCAAAGUUAUCUAAAAGACAUCUACAUAUGGUUCGGAAAAAAGACAAGACAGAACAUCUAAUCAAUGAUCAAUCAAUAAUCCCCACAGACAUAACAAAUGUCGAGACACAAAGUAAACUGCUUUACUUUUUGGUUAAGAACCAACCAGAGGACGACAAAAGUUAAUAAUGUAAGGUUUAUUAAUUUCAAAUAACUUAAUACUACUAACAAUCAUCCCACUCAUCAAAAAGAGUCGAGCAUUAAAGAAACAAAAAGAUAAAAAGGUGAAGUAAGCAAAGAGACCGACACCAUCGUUCAACCUGAAUGUACUCUUCUCAGGUGUCGUGUCCUUCUUCCCUCUUUGACUUUGCCAUGUUUCGAUCAUUAGAAGAGGAAAACAAAAACAAGAACUUGAACAAGAUAACUAAGGUUGUCGGUGGAUAUCGGAAUUAACCGUUAAUUUGGAUUAGACGAUAAACGAUGAGAUCAUCCUUAUGAGUAACAGACUUGUUAAAAAAAACAUAUGGUAAAACAAUCUGUACAAGUAAAGAUUCUCAACAAAUCUGAAUGUAUCCUAUGGUUUUUGUUGAUUUUUUAUUUCAUGCACAGAAACGAACAAUCGAAUAGAAUACACAAGAAGAGAACAUAUUCCAAAAGUCUGGAAAAUUCAAAGAGAAUUUGAAGAAAGAAAAAAAA